AUGGAUGCGUAUUACGUUGCGCAAACCCGUCCAGGCGACACUGGCCCGGACGAUUCACGGGCUUCAUCUGUUUCGGAUGAGAAUCGCCCUUCACCAUGCUACACGACAUUCUCCGGAGUGACGCUUGAUCAGACAGGGCGCGGGCAGCUGUCUGAAUUCCAUGGCCUUGAGAAUGACGGGACGGUAGAAGAAUGGAAUGAGGAAUGGAAGGCCGUGGCGAAUGAGGUUGGGGGAUCUGAGAAACUGGAAUCUCGUGUCAAGAUUGGUCUUGCAGCCGUCCGGAUCAGAGUCGGGAAUGACCAUCUGCAAGGCUUUGAAGGACAGACCGCAGAGCUGUCCGGUUUUCGCUUGUCUCAAGACCUGGUCAUCACCUGUGCUCAUUUCACAGACUGGAGUCUCCCGGGGAACAAGGUCGAAUUCUACUUGAAUGGCCAGAAUGGCAUUUGCGAAGCGAUACAAGCAAGGAAGUCUAGAGCAAUUGGUCACAAAGGUCGUUUGACACUCCACCUCUGGGCCAUCCACGAAGCAUGGGACAUUGCUGUUUUUCGAGUCACAGGCUGGCCAGAAAACAACAGCAAGCUGUCCGUUCUCACGAAACAGGACAUCUAUUCGGUUGCCCCGGAGGAAUGGGGCCAGUUGAAAGCCGGUUCAACGGGGCGAUUCUGGUCAAUUGGCUACAAUCUUGCUGUCAACAUGGAGGAACUACGCGAACGUUUCGCAGAAUUCCUCUCGAGACGUCAGCAGGACGAGAAGGCGGAGAUCAGCCAACGCUAUGAGUUCAACGAUGCGAAUCCACCCGGGAUUGAGUUUCUUCAAGCGAACAGACGGACUAUCAGCUUUGGUAUGAAGAUGGGAAUUCCAUCCCAAACGAAAGAACACCAGGCGUGCGCUGAAUUGAGUGCAUGGUACGGACGAUCAGGCUCAAUGGUUUGCGCUGAGAAAGAUGGGAGGUCGGUCGUCAUCGGCAUUGUCCAAGGAGGCGAGCAGACCUCUGACGGCAACCUGAUCAUGUUGUUCAACACGAACAUGCAAGAAUGGUGGACUGCCGCCACUGAGCUGGGGAAUAGCGCAGGUGCGCAGGACAUCAGCAAGCGAGUCGUCAUGCGUUAG